AUGCAUUUCUCCGCCAUCACCGUCCUUUCCCUUUCCGCGCUCAGCGUCGCACUCCCUACCAAGCGCCAGGACGGCGCCUCCGUCCUCGGAAACGCUGCCUACAACGAUAUCUCUAUCUCGGGCGGCGUGGCUGGAAAUGCCGAAGCCGAGGCCCUCGCCGUCUUCGCGAACCUCGACACCGCCAACCCAGAGAACAUCUCCGCGGAUGACCAGGAUACCUUGAACCAGGUCAACCAGGUCGCCAACGACGCUGAGACGGAGGCAUUCAACCCUGCCAUUGAGGCGGCGACUGGUGACGAGGCGCAGGCUCUGGAGAACGGCAAGAUCAAGAACAAGGUCCUCAAGCUCGAGGCUACCAUCUUGAAGCUCCAGGCCCAGCAAGCACAGGGCGAGGACGUCGCCGACAAGCUUGCCGAGGAGCAGACGAAACUCGACAACAACAUCGCCCAGGACGUGGCUGCCGCGGGCCAGGCCAGCACGGCUCUAGAGUUUGAUGCGCAGAUCACAGGCGCGGGUCCUGCUCUUGGGGAUGCUGCUGCGGGCGGUAACGACGCUGCUGCUGCUGCGGGUGGCAAUGCUACCGACGAUGCUGCUGCCGAUGACGCUGCUGCUGCUGCUGAUGAGGACGCUGCUGCUGCCGGUAAGAAGGGUGCCGCUGCUUCCAACAAGAAGGCUGCUGCUGCUGCCGACGAUGAAGAUGCUGCUGCCGCCGAUGAGGAAGAUGCUGCUGCUGCCGAUGAGGCCGAUGACGAAGAGGAUGACGAGUAG